AUGUUGGCCAAAGUUCGAGCCAGCCAUUUUCGGAGACUUCUUACACUUUGUUGGGAGAAGAAAUGCGCAGGGUCUGUGGUGAUUUUGGAGGAUGAUAUGUUGUCAAAUCAGAUGAAAUCUUUGGAUCCGCCGACCGUCCCUCGGAGGGGACCGGCACUUCGAUUGUCGGGUAGUCAAUACUUUCUGCCAGAAGAGUACUCGAACCUCCUUGAUCUGUGGAGAGAGGGUAAAAUCCGAAAGAAUGAAGAUGAAGCAGACCGAUUCACAGCUGCAAACACCGAUUCACAGCAAACACCCCAAGCAGAAGGCACUUUAAUCGAAAAGGAAGAGCUGGUCACUCCGGAAAUGAAACGAGCGUUCUGGGCAAGGGCAAGAGCAAUUUUAAAGCAGCGCAUUGGCAAGAUAGCCCUUGAUGAACCCCCCGGAAAGCAUCGAGUGGCCAAGUUGCAUGAAAGCCUGUGGGUGGAAGAGCUUCGAACCAAUUUCGAACUACAGCAGUUGACCACUUCAGUAGAUAAGCUCAGACCUUUGGGAAACGGCUUGUACCACCUGGAUCUCACAGAAACCUUUGAUCAGUUCUCACAUUCAUUUGAGCAAUUCCUACAAAGAGGAGUGCAGAUUAGGAUCAGCAAGGAUGGCGAGCAGGUUUGCUUAGCCUUUGUGCAGCCAGGUAGUGACUCUGGCAAGGUAUUGGUGUCUACUGCCACCAAAUUAGAAGAGACUCGAGGCCCAUAUACCAUUGAGUUCCUAUCGAACAGAUUUCCACAACGAGCCAUGCACCAGGCACUGGACUCUGCACCUGCAGAGGAGGUACUAAGCGAGGAACCAGACAAGGAGAGAGAGGAAAGCCAAAACAUCAGCAUGUCGCUGGAGGAAACGACCCGAGUAGAUUUCGAACCAGCACUGCCAGCGGUUUUGAAUUCAGUACAGCACCGAGCAGUCAGAGCAGCAAUGCAGAGCCGUAGCCGCAUGCCGGUGAUUGUUUGGGGGCCACCAGGUACCGGCAAGAGCACACUUGCUGCAUUCUUGAUAUGGUGUUUGGUACAAUCAAACUCUAGGUUUCAAAUAUUAGUAACAGCGCCUUCCAACACAGGAGCCGAUGUAUUGUGCAGCAAACUGGCCAAGCUAGGGCUUGACGAGAGUCGAAUGCUGCGCCUGAAUGCCCUGGGGAGAAACGUCGAGACUGUUCCUGAGGACAUCCAGAGCUAUGGCAGAACAGUGCAAAAGGAUGGACGGACCACGUUUGAGAUCCCUGAACUGUCCCAACUGCGGUCUUUCAGGGUCGUGGUUACAACUUGCAUUUGUGCCUCCCACAUUGCAAACGUUGCUCGAAAGGAAGGGGUGCGCCAAGGGUGGUUUUCACACGUCUUGGUGGAUGAAGCGGGAGAGGCCACAGAACCUGAGACCCUGGUUCCCAUACAAUUGGCUUCUCCAGGUUCUGGUGGAGUUAUUCUUCUGGGAGACCACUUUCAACUCGGUCCGCUGGUGCUAUCGUCCUUGGCCAAACGCACCGCAAACCUGGAUGAAUCAAUGAUCGAACGCUUGGUGAAUGGACGCUUUCAGGCUUCGGAAGGAUCUUUGAAUCGUGAUACUUUGGAUGUAUGUGAGAGCAAAGGCUUGUUCUUCCUCACAGAAUCUUUUCGUUCCCAUCCCGACAUCAUGGAGAUCUACUCCAAGACAGCUUUGGAGCUUCUCCAGCACCUGGAGACCUUGCAGAUGGAAUCCAACCAAACUGAGGACGGCCUAUCUCCAUCUCGACGUUUGGAUGACGUGUGCUGGAUCACACGACAUCGGCUGUGGGAUUGUGGUCUGCAGUGCUAUACCAGCAGCACUUACAAUUGGAAGCCUUGCGCAUCAAGGUGCGUGCAAUUCCAGCAUCUGUCCUCACACUGCAACUAUUGCUUGUCGCACUUGGUGAGCUGUGUGCUGCUUCAAUGCGUUUCGCCUUGUGCCAGAAACACUCAUACAGCUUCGUGUGAAGGAUGCAUCCUGGGUGGCUGCAACAACAAAUGUUGGAAUCCUUGA